GGCUUAGUGGACAGAAAUAGAGGGGAAUGGUUUGGAAGCCAGAGUGGGAUUAAGGAAAAUUCUGUAAAAUAAAGAGCGAGUGAGCAUGUGUGUGUGUGUGUCUAUGUCUGAGCGAGGGAGAGAGAGAGGAUGAGCAUUGAGUGCGGUGUAGAUUUUCAUCCAAAUCUGUAUCUGUGGUUUUAAUCCUUCGCCGCUGCAGCAUCGGAAAGCAGAGGCUGUGGCAGAAACACGUUUUUAUUUUAAGAAACGCGUUUUUUUUUCAUUCUGCGGGAGUUUGCAUUUCUUUUUUUCAUUUAUUGUGUUCUGUGUUAUUAUUUUGAUCUGUUCAUAUUUUCCUCCCCGAAAUCUGAUUUGCACCAUGAGCAGUCUGUGGGGUCCACCCGAGCUCAUACCUUUGGAAUGGUGGGGGACACGCAGCCGAGAAAUGGAGAGCCUCUAAAAACAGAUGGAGUUUGGGAUUUAUUGCAAAAUAAGGGAAAGAUGACCGUUUUUUCUUUGUGUUUCCUUCUGUGCGCAGAUCUACUGGAUUUAGCUGUAGGAUACCUGACAGUCACUAUCGAGUCCCUUCCUCCUGUAGUCGUGGGAGAUACCGUGACGCUGAAAUGCAACUUCAAGACUGACGGCAGGUUGCGAGAGAUCGUCUGGUAUCGGGUUACAGAUGGGGGCACCAUCAAACAGAAGAUCUUCACUUAUGAUGCCAUGUUCAAUACCAAUUACUCUCACAUGGAGGACUACCGCCGACGUGAAGACCUUGUGUACCAAUCAACAGUCCGGCUCCCUGAAGUUCGGAUCUCAGAUAACGGCCCAUAUGAAUGCCAUGUGGGGAUUUAUGAUCGGGCAACAAGAGAGAAAGUGGUGUUGGCUUCAGGGAAUGUCUUUCUCACGGUUAUGUCACCCCCUCUCUCAAUCUCGGUGGUGGCAGCAGACACUCCGGCACCUUUCAGUCGAUAUCAGGCCCAGAACUUCACUCUGGUCUGCAUCGUGUCUGGAGGAAAGCCUGCACCUACUGUGUACUUCAAGAGGGAUGGGGAGCUGAUCGAAGUGAUUCCCUACAUCCAGCCUACAGCUGGGGGAGAGGGGGGCGCAGCAGGGCUGAAGGACUCCCGACCCCCCAGGCCCCUGAUCAGCCGGGAGCUGGACGACACCAAAAUGCAGAAGUCCCUCUCCCUCCUGGAUCUGGACGGCAGGUCAGCCCGGCUCUUCACAGAGAACCCUCUGCGGGGGCAUACCCAGGGCGCCCCCGGAUUCGAGCCCAGCCCCGCCACCGAGAUCAUACCGGAGACCGUGGUGAGCCGCGAGUUCCCGCGCUGGGUUCAGAGCUCAGAUCCGCUCUACUACUUCCGUCACGUGCACAUCCCUCUCAACGAUGGGACUGUGGAGGUGCGGGCAAUGAUCACGUGGACUCUCAACCCCCAGCUGGACAACGACGCCCUGUUCAGCUGUGAGGUCAAGCACCCUGCCCUCUCCAUGCCCAUGCAGGCUGAGAUCACACUAGCUGCGCCCAAGGGUCCAAAACUCCUAAUGAGCCCCACCCGUGCAAAGGUGGGGGACACAGUCCGUAUCACUGUCCAAGGAUUCCAGUAUAUUCAAAGCAGCUAAGUGACUGUUUCCUGCAUGUAACUAUAAGAUUAUACGUAAUGGUAGUGUUAUAUGGGCAGAGUAAGAUGUGUGUCUAUGUAUUGUUGCAUGUCUAGGACUAUUGUUUGUUUUAAAUGUGUAUUUUUUUUGGUGUUGUGUUGUUUAUUUGUUUUAUAUAUUUUCUUGUAAGACACAAUAGACUAAUUCAUGCUUACAGGGUGUGUGGGUGAAUUUACUGUGCAAAAUUGGGAUUGGAAUUAAGACAGAAAGUGUGAUUUGAUAAAAUUGAGUAAUUUUCAUGUUCCGCCAUUCAAAUCCAUGACUGUAAAAACAGGAGGGAAAGAAGCAAUCUUUUAUUUUGGAAAAAAAUGCAUGGGGAUCACUCCAAUCUCAAUCAGCUCACAGACAUCAUUACAGGUGUUUUGUUAAAGAAAAUGGAUCCUCAAUUGUGCAAUAAUAUUUAACCUAUGCUGAGAUUUUCUGAACCAUCCAUCUUGAAAACUCCUCAGUUUAUGGCACUCUGCUAUUCUUAAAAUGGCAGAGAUAAAAUUGGAUCAGGCUCUUAAUCAGUAUGUUUAAAGAGGACAUUAUAAGGCUAUAAUUUGAAUGGUCCAGAAGAACAAUUUAACAUUCUUUACCUUUGUUAAGGGUCAUAUUGUCUAUGCAAACUAAAGUUAUCUGAAAAUAUCUUUGACAUCAUCAGAUUUGGAGUAGAGGAGAGGAAACUCUUGUGUUUUUCAACAAAGGAGUGUGGCAAACUGGUGAAUCCAAUUUACUGUGAUGUUUCAAGGACCAGCUGAACUUUGUGCUGUCACACUUGAUAUUACUUGAUAUUACAAGAUAUUCAAGUUGAACCUAUUCAGCCAAAAGUCUUCUUAAACUUGAUUAUUCUUACAGUAUUUGUUCCUCACAACUAUGGUGUUGUAGGCUAGUCUUUCACUAGUGUGACACCCCACCAU